CCCGGCCUCACCUACCAUUCAUAUCCUUCCUUCUUCUCCUCUCACAGACCAGAAACGCCCAAGAAAAUCCAGUUCAAACACGCCGAACCAGCAGUUCAGCAAAGCAUCCAUGGGAGUGGGGAUGAAGCGCGCGAGGGAGGAGGAGCCCGUAUCGCUGGCGCUAUCACUUACCACGGACUCCACGUCCUCCACAACCUCGGCCGACUCGUCCGGCACGGCGUCCAUGUCUGCCAGGAAGAGGGCGCGGCGGGGGCGGGUGGUUGCGACGUCCGGUGAGGGCGACUUCAUGUGCAAGACCUGCGGCCGCGCCUUCACGUCCUUCCAGGCGCUCGGCGGGCACCGCACCAGCCACCUCCGCGGCCGCCACGGGCUGGAGCUCGGCGUCGGCGUCGCAAAAGCCAUUAGAGAUCGGAAGCGGACCGAGGACAAGCAGCAGCAGCACGAGUGCCACAUCUGCGGGCUCGGCUUCGAGAUGGGCCACGCGCUGGGCGGCCACAUGAGGCGGCACCACUACGAGAUGGCGCUAAGCGGCGGUGCCGGCGCCGACGAUCAGUGGAUCAUCAAGAUGCCGGGUCAAGAGGUGGUGGGGCACGGUGCCCACCGCCCGCCGGUCUUGCUCGAGCUCUUCGUCUAGCUAACGCGAAGCUGGAUCUUUUCUGACGGUUUCUAAUUAGAUUAGACAACUUGUAAAUGUCUUCAGAAUCAGAUACCUUUAUUUUUUGGGUGCAGGUUCUUGCUGAUUAGCGUUUCAGUUUUGUCA